AUGUCGGAUAGCCUUCUGGACGAAGCUGCUGCUGGCUUCUUUGAAGAACUCCAAGUACCUUUUCCUGUGUUAUCUGAACCUGACACGGUGUCCCACGUCGAGUUGAUCACCGAUCUUCUGGUUGCCACCGUGAUAUAUGCGGCUGUCUUUCAGCGUACAUAUGCAUACAUCGUUGCAACGGGUGCAAAGGGAACCGCCCUCAAAACUGUGUCCAGUCUCUGGCUGAUGAGUACCGCACAGUAUCUCCACGUGAGCUCAAGUGUCUUCAUCGUCUACAUGUACACAUCAGAAACACCGCCACCGCUUCGACGCGUAUUCUUCAAGACACUGGGUGCGUACGCGUUCUGUAAUGUUAUCGGGCUUAUCAUCGUCAUCCGUGUUGCCGUUGUCACCUGGAAACAGCUAUAUACAAUCACGGGCAGAAGCAAAUUAUAUGCGUGCACCUUGAUCCUGUCACUACUACUUCCGUCUAUCUGGUUACCAGACUACGAAGCCUUGAUUUGCCCAAGCGCCGACUACCGGUCUGAAUGCCCACGACUACGAAUGCCAUCACAACUUCGUGAUCUGAUUCGAACACAACGGCAGUCGCGAAUACGAUCCUACUUCAUCGCAGCCGUGAUGAUGGCUCUGAAUUAUCUUCUUCUCAACGGCCUCUUCAUGGCCAUCAACGCGCUCGAGGACUCAUACACACUUCCAGGAGGCCCAUACAUCACAUUUCAGAACGUCUACGCCCUGGCAUACCUGAUUGUGAAGACUAGAAAUGCUGAAGUGCCAGGAAGACGCGAUGAGGUGGCUGAAGAGCAGGAACAGCGAAGAAGGCCCGCUGCCGGGGAAUGA